AUGACGCCAGUGGGGCUUAGACUACCGGAGCCCGGGGAGAAGAGGUGUGGGGAUCGAGGAUCGGGCACCCCGGAAGGGCCUUUGGAAAGGGGGCACAGAAUGCACGUAUUCCUCCGCGCGUCAGAAGGAGUUCAAUGCGAUCGACUGAGCGGCCUAAGUGUGUCCCCUGGCGUUAUCGAAGUUUAUGGAAAGUUACAGAUUCAUAGUGCUUAUCCCAGCAAACCGUGGACACGUCUCGGGGCUGACAUUGCGUCUGGAAAUGAAAUGAUGACAUUGAACGACACCGUAGACUGGCAACCAGGAGAUAAAAUAGUAGUUAGCUCUACCUCAUAUGAAGCUCAUCAAGCUGAAGUUGUCCAUCUUAGAGACGUAUACGGUUACAUUGUUCGAAUCUGGGGGCGACUUAACUACCGACAUACUGGCACCACUUACAGCAUAGAGGAUACCUGGAGAAUCCCACUGGCAGCUGAAGUUGGCUUGUUGUCUCGGAAUGUUCUCAUUGAAGCUGAUGCACCCUGUACUGGGAGGAUAAUGGUGGGGCAUUAUACAAAUGCCCAGGGUGAAGAAUAUAUUGGAACUUUAGAAAUCUCAAACGUCGAAAUUUUGAACUUUGGAUCCUCUCUAUAUUCAGCAAUAACUUUUACAAACACCUCACACUACUCUUCAAUAGUAUCUUCAAGCAUUCACCAGAUUUGUGGAGGUGGGAUCCGUGCCAUCGACAGUGCUAAUAUUUUAUUACACUCAAACGUAAUCGUUAACAUGACUGGCCAUGGAAUCCACGUUGAUGGAGAUAACUAUACUGUGGCCAAUAACCUCCUCGUUCUAAUAAAGCAGCUGGAAGCACGGUCAGAAUGGGUUAAAGGCAUUAAGAUGCAUUUCCUUAGUCAAGCCACUUUGUCUGGGAACGCAGUUGCGGGAUCGGAAAGGAUCGCUUAUCAUGUUCGAGGUCAAAGCUGUUAUUCAGAUGAAAUCAGUUUCUCAGCCAACGUGGCCCAUUCAAGUCUUCAUGGUCUUCAUAUCUACUGGGAUGAUGGCUUUAAAAACUGUACAAAGAUAACUGGAUUCAUUUGUUACAAGAACUAUGAUUACGGUUUAGUUUUCUUCCUCGAGGGCAGUGUAAGGGUUGAGAAUGUGGCUCUCAUCGACAAUGGCAUCGGCCUUUUUCCAGUAGUCUCCCAAGGACCUGUGGAGUCCUAUAAGUACCCACAGCAAGAUGUCACUCUUCGGAACUCAGUAAUAAUUGCAUCUAGCCCUGUGUUUGAUUGUAUCAGGGACAGGAUCGAACCUUUGUCUGCUCUUGUCACAAUGAGGGACCGAGCCCCGGUAUCACCUUUCAGAGGUCGCAUUGGCAUUCUUUGGCCAACGUUUAGCGGAAGGCCACGGCGAUGGCCAAUUUACCCAUGGCACAUGUUGGGAAGUGAUGGAGCUGUCCCAGGUCUCAUGAAACUACAAGAUGUUACUUUCUCUGGCUUUAAGAGGAGCUGCUACAGCAAUGACGCCGACACGUGUAUAAUGUCUAAUCCAGAAAGCCUGGCCAUAAUGACCCCGGUGACUGGAAAAAGGUUAAAAGUUCUCCAAAUUCCACAGGAAAACAUGUUCUACUUCCAUCAGAUGCCGAGAUCUGCAGAAUGUCCAGCAUCCAUGGAAUGCUCUGGGACUCAGAUGGCCUUAUUCAAGGACCUGGAUGGAACUUUUACCGGCCUGUCUCCCCCAGUUUCUGCCUUCCCCAAGUCAGAACUCGACAUCCUGCAACCUUGUUUCAACUUUGGAAUAUACCGGACAGAGGACCUGUGUACCUACAAAUCUCACUCUCAGGCUCACAUGUGUCACCAUACGGAUCUCACCGUCCUAAUCCUUGAAAACAUUGUAACGCCUGUGGAGCCCAUUGGUCCAAUCUUGGCACUCACAGAUCAUUUUGCUCAAGUCUUUGUCAAUGGAGGAAGUUAUCGAGAUCAGUGCUGUAACGCACCCGACCAUAAGACCUUUUACUCAAUCUUGCCAGCAAAUAAAAUUACUAAAGUUUGUUUUACCGGUUCAUCUCCCAGGGCAUUGAGGAUUCAACUUCACGGAGCUCAGAAUUCCACAAAACUUGUCUUGGCUUUAUUUUAUGAUAUUCCAGAUAGUUUUUAUGUUGUUUCAAAAGGGGAAAGGUAUUCCACAGUCCUCUAUGACGUAGCACCUGAAUUUCAACAUCAGAAACAUGGUUCAAGCUUUUUUAGUUUUCGAGAGAACCUGUUGUAUGUUAUCCUACAAGGAGGUGAGCCUGUAGAGAUAUGGACCAAUCUAUCUCUCCACCUGUUUUUCUAUGUGGCUCAUGGGACUGGCACAGACCUUUAUAACCAGUUAGCUUUGAAACUGACACAUUUUUUGAGCCUUGAUCCAUCUCAAGUAAGGGUACUGCAGAUAUUACAGGGUCGAGUUUCGACGUUACAGACCAUCACAGACAACCAUUCAAAGCGUAAGCGGCACUGCCCGCCGAUAACCCAAAAACAGAGACGAGUCAGACGUCACUCUGGAACCUACGCAACAGAUAAUCAGAAGAAGACAAGACACAGACAAGAGAGACAAUUAGAAGUUCUUAUUGUGGAGAUCAAUGACCCUAAAGUAUUUAGCCGAACUAAUGCCUCUGAAAGAAUAGCAACUUCUCCAAUACAAAGGGGUCUGCAGAACAUAUCCAACAGUGUUAUCAAUGCCUUGCAGACAGGAGAAUUGGAGAAGACCUUCAGUGUGCAAAUUGACUCCAUGAUGGUGAUUGAGCCACAUAUAGGAAACAGCAGCAGAAUUAAUGAUGCAGCAGAAAGUCGCAGCGCUGUGUACGUGAGACCUCAUAGACUCUUCAUUGACGUUCAGCCAGUAGGGGGGCCGGCUGGACUGCCACUUCUGAUACAGCCGAAAGUCACAUUCCUAGAUAUCAAGGGAAAUCGGGUUAAGAACUUAGGGCAUUCGUCCAGUCCCUGGUGCCUAUCAGUUCAUCUGAAGGACUCUUCAAGUAUGGUUCUGAAAGGGAACACCACGGUGGUGAUACAAGAUGGAUGGGGCAACUUCUCCAACCUGGCCAUCUCAAGUUCUGGAUCCAACUGGUGCCUGAUAUUUAAUGCGACUUCACCUCCAGGUCUCUCGUUCUCCGUACAGUCGCAGCAAUUCCCCGUCUUUCCCAUCCUGAGGCGCAAUAGAGAGAAUAUCUUCAUGCUGGUUGUGCUCAGCUCUGCAGCUUCUGCCAUUGUUUUGUUCCUCUUCUUCUUCUGCUUCUUCAAACGGAAGAAAGGUGAAACAGAUAACAGGCACUCGCACACACCGUGCUAUAUCAUAGCGGAAUAUUCCGCCUUUGCCCACGUUGACUUUUCUCUGCCCUUGUCCACUCUCCUACACAACCACGACCCCAAUCGCUUCACUGAAAAUUACCUGGAAUAUUCUGCGUCUGCCAGAAAAGAUGAUUUACAGUCCUGUAAGUGA